CAGUAGCGGGUCAUAGGUAAUCACUGAGUUUAAUUGUCACUUGAUUCCAUAAAUACAAUUAACGAUUUAUUAAUCAAACGGCUAACUAAAUGAGAACUGGAAUUAACAGCAGAGUGCAACGAAGCAGCGUUAUUCUAAUCUCAAAUAAACGAAGUGCAGCCGGUAACUGCAAUGAAUUCCCCUCCCGUACGAGCCGUACCGAGUUUGGCCUUGUCUAGCCCGACAGAAAUCCGCUCUCUAUUUAUUGUAUAUAGAAUUAAAAACGAAAGCAAAUCAUUGUUAAAGUGUAUUAUUGAAAAAAAUUAUAACCAAUCUAUAUUAUCUAAAAUCCCUAAUAAGAAACACCAACAUAUGACGAACAUAACCUCAAAAUCUCAAAAUCACGCUCAAAAUGGCUGCAAAGGAGGUUAAGUUCUGUGAGGAGCUUGAAAGUGAAAGUGAGAGUAAAAUGUUUGGACCUCUUAAUUUCGACGAAGUUGGCACCCACAGCCCCCAGGUUACGUACUCAGAAGUGGUUUGCCUCCUUUGUGACAAUAUUUUCAACAUUCCGUUAAGUUUCGAAAUAUUCGUGCGGCAUUUAUUCGAAGUACAUAAUUUACUGAUAGAAGAUGUUCAAACAAUGGAUAAUUUGCCCGAAUAUAUUCGGUACUGGCGCGAUAAAUUCAAGCAAACACCAAUCGAAGAGAUCGUUCCGGCAAUUAGAAUCGAUUCAUCCCAUAGAUUAUUUUUUAUGCUUUCAACUCUACUCGAAGAUGAUAAGAAAUUGAGACAUCGCUUGAAAUUAGAGCACGUCCUAAAAGUACAGGAGUUUGAGCGCACUGAUACGAGUUACACCAGAAUGUGCCUUUUUUGCAAACUUGAUUUUGAAGGCAAAAGGGUUGAUUUCAUUGCACAUCUAGAAAACCACCACAAUAUGCAGUUGGGAAAUCCACAGAACUUGGUGUACAUCGAAGAGUUGGUGGAAAAAAUUGCAGAAACGGUGGAUAAGCUCAUUUGUAUGUUUUGCAACCGACUUUUUCCAGAGAGGAUGGUUUUGAAGGAGCACAUGAGGAAGAAAUUGCAUAAGCGGAUUAACAGACGCAAUUCAGAUUAUGAUAAAUUUUUUAUUGUCAAUUAUUUAGAGUCUGAUGAGAAAGCAAAAAAUGUAAAUAGAGAGAAGGACGAGGUUUACACAAGUGAAGACAGUCUCAAUGAUGAUGAAGAGUAUUAUGAUUGGAAUGAGAAAGAAGACGUAAUCAUCUGUUUAUUUUGUGAUAAACGCGAAACUGAUAUUAAUAUUUUGUGUUUACAUAUGGAAGCAGAUCACGGUUUUGAUUUUGCAGAGUGUAUGAAAGAGUUUGAUUUUUAUCAGAAAGUCAAAUUUGUGAAUUAUGUGCGUAGGCAGAUGCACCGUAAAAGGUGUUUGUAUUGUGACGUUGCGUUUACGGCUGUAAGAAGUUUGCAGAGCCAUUUAAUUGAGGAAGAGCACUGUAAGAUUCCAGACAUUAAAGUUUUUGAUCAACCAGAGUUUUACUUCCCUACAUAUGAAAAUGAUGCCUUUCUUUAUUUAAUAGAUGAUGUUGAAGACUGAGUGUUUGUUUCAUUAGUUUUGUUUACAAUAAAAUGCAUUUAAAGUU